AUGCGCGCUGACGGUACCCUCGAGCGCUACAAGGCUAGGUGGGUCGUGCGUGGGUUCCGGCAGCGCGCCGGGGUCGACUACGGCGAGACCUUCUUCCCCGUGGUGAAGCCGGCGACCAUCCGCACGGUUCUCAUUGUCGCCGCCUCCCGCCACUGGCCCGUGCAUCAGCUUGAUGUGAAGAACGCCUUCCUGCACGACACUCUUGAGGAGGAGGUGUACUGCCACCAGCCCGCCGGCUUCGUCGACGACACCAAGCCCGAGCACGUCUGUCGCUUGGCCAAGUCCCUCUACAGCCUCAAGCAGGCGCUGCGCGCCUGGUUUCUGCGCUUCGCCGGCUUCCUCAAGACGCUCGGCUUCGCCGGGACUCGCUCCGACUCGUCCCUGUUCGUCUACAUGCACGGCACCGAGAUGACAUUUCUCCUGUUGUAUGUGGACGACAUCGUCCUCACCGCAUCUACUACCGCACUUCUACAACGCACCGUCCAUCGUCUCACUGGCGAGUUCGCCAUGAAGGACCUCGGCCCGCUCCAUUUCUUCCUCGGCAUUCAGGUCCAGCGCACUCCUACCGGAUUCUUCCUCUGCCAACAACAGUACACCGAGGAUGUGCUCGAUCGUGCGGGCAUGGACGCUUGCAAACCUUCAUCGACCCCGAUUGACACGAAGGGCAAGCUCCCGCAGGCCGACGACCCGCGCGUUGAUGACCCCUCCGCCUACCACAGCAUUGCCGGGGCGCUGCAAUACCUCACCAUCACUCGGCCCGAGCUGGCCUACGCAGUACAACAGAUCUGCUUGCACAUGCACGACCCGUGCGACUGCCAUCAGAACUUGGUCAAGCGUGUGCUUCGCUAUGUUCGCGGCACGCCUUCCCUCGGCCUGCACCUCCGCGCCUCGUCGACCUUGGAUCUCCGUGCCUUCACCGACGCUGACUGGGCCGGGUGCCCUGACACCAGGCGCUCGACGUCCGGCUUCUACAUCUACCUCGGCGACACCCUCGUCUCCUGGUCCUCGAAGCGACAAGUUGUCGUCUCCCGCUCCAGCGCCGAGGCGGAGUACCGCGGCGUUGCGAACGCUGUGGCUGAGUGCGUCUGGCUACGCCAACUCCGCGGCAAGCUCCAUGCCCCCGUGACCAAGGCCACGCUUGUCUUCUACGAUAAUGUCUCAUCGGUGUACCUCUCGGCGAAUCUCGUCCACCAUAGGCGCAACAAGCAUGUGGAGCUCGACAUCCAUUUCGUUCGCGAGUGUGUCGCUCUUGGCGAAUUCCGAGUGCUGCACAUCCCCACCAAAUAG